UCAUGUGCUGUCAUGAUUUGUCUGUAGCCUAUAUCUAAAAUUGAUACUUGAUCUGUGAUAAUAUAAAAGUAAAAUUAUUUUAUUAUUAAUUUAAACUUCUGUCUACUAUACAUAAUUUAAAUAUUCAAUUUAACAAAGUAUUAGUUAUAUAAGUAUAUAAAUCAAUUUAUACGUAAGUUCUACAUGCUUAAAUUUUGUUUGAUUGUUAAAAAUGGGUGCGUUGUUCGGAAAACAGAAAAAGACCGUGAGCAGAGUAACUGAGCAAGAUAAGGCUGUAUUACAAUUAAAACAACAAAGAGAUAAAUUAAAACAAUACCAAAAGCGAAUAGAGUUAAACUUCGAGAGAGAUAUACAGUUGGUUAAAAAAUUACUCAGUGAGGGCAAAAGAGAUAAAGCCAAACUUGCAUUAAGGAAAAAGAAAUAUCAAGAACAACUACUACAGAACACAGAGGCGCAAUUGGAAAAAUUAGAACAACUUACUCAUGAUAUUGAAUUCGCACAAAUUGAAUUACAGGUACUGGAUGGCUUGAAGACUGGAAAUGCAGCAUUGAAGAAGGUACAUGAUGUAUUAAAUAUAGACGAAAUAGAGAAAAUAAUGGAUGAAACAAGAGAAGGCAUAGAAAAACAAAGAGAGAUAGAUGAACUUAUAUCUGGUCAACUAACAGAGGAAGAUGAAGAAGCUGUAGAAGCUGAGCUUGAAGCAAUCCUAGAUGUUGGUGAGCAAUUACCUGAUGUGCCUACAGAUAAAUUGCCAGAAGUCACUGAAGAAAAAGUUGCAGAUAAGCCCCAGAAAGCCAAAGAGAGCCCUAAAAAGAUAGCUAUUGAAGCUUGAUCUAUUAUAGUUUUGCAUAUAACAAUUGUACAGUCUUGUAAUAUAAGUAUAUUAUUUUUAUACUU